AAGUGCGCGCGGAAUUUUCUUUACUCUAACAGCAACAGCUAGCUGAGCUUAGCGGGUAUUUUAGUAAACUCAGUUAGCCUGUUGUUGGGGUAAAAUGUCUCAUUCAGUCGAAGCGGAUUUACCACCGAACUUGUCAUGCCUGAAAGAUAUUGACACUUUGCUGCGAUGCCCUAUUUGCUUUGACUACUUGAAUAUAUCCAUGAUGACGCAGUGUUCUCAUAACUUUUGCUCCUUGUGUAUACGGAAAUUUCUUUCCUACAAGCUGCUGUGUCCUGUUUGCAACACGCCACUGACAGAACAAGAGCUGAGGAACAACAGACUGCUGGAUGACCUUGUUCAGAGCUUCCAAGUUGCGAGGCAACAGCUGUGUCAGACAAAUUUCGAAUCACCGCCGAUCUCCCCCAAGUCCCCCACGAUGGCCGUCGGUGGAAAAGCAGCUAGGCAGAAAGCCCUAAAGAAAGAGGGCGCUACUCUCACUCACUUUUUCCAGAAACGAGCCCCAGUCAGCUCUUCCACAGGAACACAGUCAGGCUCGAAGUGUUUGCUCCCAGUGAAAACAGAGCCCAUGGAGGUGUGUGUGCAGGAAGCUUUCCUGCCAAAGAGUGCAGUGACCGUGACAACAGCAGUGAAAGAAAAGAAGUGGAGUGUGCUCACUUUCGCCUCCACAUCGCAGGAUAUUAAACCUGUGCCCAAAGUGGAAUGUCCGGUGUGCAGCGUGGAAGUGUCUCAGCAGCACAUUAAUAAACAUCUGGAUACAUGUCUGACCAGAGGGGAGAAGAAGGAUAGCCUCAGAAGGUCUGACCAGCUAGGCAUAUCCUGUUCUGCAUGUGUAGAGCCCAAUUCUCAGAAGCGCAGGCCGAUGGCCAAGCUGGUGUACGCUCUAAUGACAAUGGUGGAGUUAAAGAGAAGGCUGAGAGAGUGCCAUCUGUCCACGCAAGGCUCCAGAGAGCAGCUCAUCCGACGGCACCAGGAGUUCAUACAUAUCUACAACGCACAGUGUGAUGCACUCAACCCCAGAUCAAGUGAGGACAUUGCUAGAGAGGUUGAAAACAAUGAGAAGAUGAGGAAUCUCCUGGAGAGUAAAAGUAAACCUGCCAUAAUCAUCACUAAAAAACACACAGCUGAUGAAAUCGAACAGUUGCACUCUGACUACCGGAAACAGCACAACGGGGAGUUUUCCCGAUUGAUUGCUCAGGUCAGAGGUCGUUUGGAAAAUUCCAGGAGAACAAAAAUGAAGCAGGAAGAAGAAAAAUCAGUGGAGGCAUCGUGUUGCAGUGCUGAUGACACAGUAGUCCAAAACACACCCCUGUCCCCAGUUUCUUCAACACUGGAUUUACCAGCAAUUACCAGCAAUGAGACGACUCCUGUUAUAGACGUUGGGUCAAGGUCACAGAGCCCCACUCUGAGUGAAGUGUCUGUCAGCAGAACGCACAGAGCCAGUGAGAAUGCUACCGAAAAAAAAGAAAAUAUGAUCUCUUCAUCUUGGUGCUGAUCUGAAGUGUUUUUGCCAGGGCUGUGGAUGAAUUGAAAACAUGCUGUAUGUCACCAGAAGUGCAAUAUGAGGAGCAAAGUCUUGGGAAAUCUGUGCUUUCAAAGACUGUUGCUUGGAGCCUGAGGCAGGAGAUUAUGCUGUAGUUUAUUCAGUAACAAUCGAAUGAAAAGGUAUAUAUUCCAGUCCCCCCUCCCCCCAUCCAUCUAUCCGUCCAUACACACACACACACACUCUAUAUAUCUAUACACACAUACACUUAUGUUCCUACUGUGAAUAGUAAUAGUCAUAGCAUAGAGUUGUUGCCCAUUGCCACCAUUAGCAUCUUCUUUAGACGUGAGCUCACUGACGCUUAUGUACCGUAUUUCCGCACUAUAAAGCGCACCGAAUUAUAAGGCGCAGUCUCAAUUACGGGGUCUAUUUCUGUACUUAACCCAUACAUAAGGCGCACGUAUUAUAAGGCUCAUGCUAAAACAUACGGUCUACAAAAAAGGUAACAGAAGAAAAACAGUGAGUUUAGUUCAACUUUAUUCUACUAUAUAACAAUACACACACAUUAUUUUUAAUUAAUCUUCUCCCACAAAUCCAUCAAAGUCCUCAUCUACUGUGUCUUCUUAAUUUGGCACGGUUCAUUCUCUUACUUCCUCCACUUCCGAACCAUAGAUUCGUUGAUGUUGAAAUCUUUUGCAGCUGCUCUAUUCCCAUUUACAACCGUGUAACUGAUAGCCUGUAGUUUGAAUUGUGCCUCGUAAGCAUCUCUCGUCACUGGUGCCACUGGUGCCAUUUCGGGGUUCCUUAGUCAAACAAAUGUUGUCUUAUUUUUCUUCUUCUGGUUUUUAUUGGUGGAUGGCAAACCAACUUAAGGUGCAUUUACCGCCACCUACUGGACUGGAGUGUGGUGCGCAUAAUGGUUAGGAAGAAACAAAUGUUGUUUUGCAACAUACCGGUAGUAUACCUACCGGAGGCGUGGCGGAGGUAAGCGUACAUACUGUACGUAUUACGUAAUGUUCUCUGAUUGGUUUAUCGCUGCCAGCGUACGUAGUGUAUGUAUUACGUCCCUGUGUCAGCGGGAAAUGGUCAGCGGGAAACCAAAGUCGCACAACAUUUUUACAGAUUUUUGGAACUCAGUGCACACAUAAGGCGCACCGGAUUAUUAGGCGCACGGCCGAUUUUUGAGAAAAUUUAAGGCUCUUAGGUGCGCCUUAUAGUCCGGAAAAUACGGUAUUCUUUUAAUAAUAUGUUUCUAUACGAGUCUGUUUUAGCACUUCUUUUUUUUUUUUAAUGUCAUGUGUUAGAAUUGAAACCUUUAGCAGACAUACCCACACAUUCAUAAGGCAUUGGUCAGUUCUGGAUUUGACAGUUUUCCUGCUCUGCAUUUUAUUCUCAUUCCCCAACGUUGCACCUAUCCACCUUUCCAUCAGAACAUUACUGGCAUCUCAACUCCCACAGUCUUUAUUUUGUUACAAAAGUCCUUCCUACACCAUCUAACUAGGUACUUUAAUCAUGUUAAAGUGCAUUCACAAAAUAAUACCAAACCAACUGAGGGUUUAUUUAAUGCUGUGUUUUUGUGGUCUAAUUGCAUUUAAAUGAUUUACAUCCUAUGAUUUGUUUAUGACCACAAAACAAGCUUUGGAGGUACAAUAAGCAUGAUGUUUAUCUAUUUAUCUGUACCCUGCACUUAAUCACACUUGUUAGCCACUGAAAUUAAUCACUUUGGAUUUAAGCAGGAUUAAUGCUGCUGGAUUUGUCCAAUUACAGUGAUUUGCUGAAAAGUAUUCUUCUUUUUUUAUAACCGGCUUAACUUUUUAUUAAUGCUUAAGUGUACAGUUUUUCCACUUAUACAGGAUACUUUAAAUAUAGUGUUUAGUCUAGUUUAAGUUGUAGGACAUAAUUAAUUCAUAUUUGCUCAGAUUAUGCUGCUUUGUAUUUGUUGUAGCGGCAGUGAGCAUACGUGUUGAAAUUAUGCUUCCAUUUUUGUGACGUAUGAUUGUAUACCAUCACGGUUCGCACGGCCACCGUCGAUGAAUGCACUGUCUAUUAAUUAAUAAUCAACAUGAGGUCUAGUUUAUCCUUUGCUUUGCACCAAUUUGUCUAUCUUAAGGGCUGUAAGGUUUUAUAUGUUUUUUCAGAUGUUGAAGAAGCAAUAAAAGUAAUAAAAUGAAAUGAAA